AUGGAAAACGAAAGCGAUACCGAUAGCGGACGCGCAUGGAGUGUCGACACAGAAGAAGACGAAGGAGUCGUGAAACCUCCUAGAAUUAAUUAUUUAAACAUGCAAGAUCCGGAACCGGAGUGGGAUGUGGACAGCUUCGAUGGUUACGAAUGCUACAACUCUGAUGACCGUAAAAGCUUCUCCGACGACGAGGAGUACGAAGAGUUAUCCAGGCCUGGAAGAAUAAGGUCUAUCUUCCCCCUGCGUGAUCUGCAAGAACCUUGGACAACCAUGACUUCGAGGGAAUAUUUUGCGGAUAUUGCUUCCUUGUGUGUUAAGAAACUCAAUGAAGAGAAGGGUACGACUGUGGAAUCUGUAAGCAUCGUGAGAGGCAAUCUAAAAGUAGGAGGUGGGUGGAACCUGUACAUCACCUUUAUUGCUCGAGAGUAUCCCAAUGGUCCUCUCGUGGAGUAUCAAGCCAAGGCCAUGGAUUUUGGAGAAAAACCUCCCUUUCCUAUUCUCUGCAGACCAGCUUCUACCAUAUCCUAA